AUGAGUGAAGGACCAUCAGAACCAAUUGAAGCCUCCAUUACUCCUGAUGAGGCCAAUAGAAUUAUACACUCGCAUCGUAAAGUUCGAUAUGGUAUGAUGGAUCAUUUCCCCAAUCUUGACUGGAUGAUUGCAAGUCAAGAAUCUUUCGUUGGGCACUCACUGAAAAAAUUCUUAGGAACCGCUUGCUGGCCUUGCAGGCAACGCAAGGUCAAAUGUGAUAACAGACAUCCGUAUGAUCCAAAUGAAUCACGAUAUCUGGGACAGAAUUCAAUCGCCGCUUUUUUGAGUGAAGAAGCUCAGAUUGGAUCAUCGCCUGGCGAAGCCGAACACGAUGUCAUACGGAAAGACAUCAUGCCUAUACUGGGUUUACAGAUAUCAGCGGCUCCGUUCCCGUUCAUGUCCAAAGAACAUAUGGAUAAAAUAAGGCAUGACAUUGCUGCGGCAUUGCCAUCGGAUAAGGAUGUCCUAAAGUCAUUUCAAAUUUACAAACAAAUAGUUCAGCCAUUCUGGGGCCUGUUGAUUGAUAUUGAUGAUUUUGAGACAAAGCUGUGUAUCUACCUGGAAGAUCGGGCUAGUUCGGCAAAAAGCAGGAGUCCAAAUCAAAAGGGUGUAUCUUCGGCCUGGCUGGGAAUGCUAUUUGCAGUACUUGCUGUAUCGUCAAACUACGCGGAGACUACAUAUCACAAACGUGUAGCGGCCUCACAAACUUUUGUUCAGACAUCGUUCCAUUGUCUGAGACUAUCUAACUUCUUGAUCCGCCCGUCAUUGGAUUCAUUGCAGGCACUUUUGAUUCUUGGAUUUGUUCUAGCCAACGAUAUGAAAGCUGAGGCUUCGUGGGCAUUGAUUGGUCUCACUUGUAGACUUGCUCAAGCUUUAGGCCUUCAUAGGGGUCCCAACGAAAGUGGCAGAUUCUCAUCUUCAGAAGAUAAUGAUUUGCCACGCCGUAAACUAUGGUGGACUAUCGUUUGGCAAGACAGUUUACUUUCACUUUCUUUCGACAGAUCUCCCAUCGCCGUAAUCACAAGAUGCAAAGUCCCUCUAAGCCCAAUCGCUUUGACGGAAGGCUUUACCUACACAGAAGCUAUGUACCAUCUUUGUCAGAGAAUAUUGGAUUUCGUCAAGAAUGAUUCGGCUACCGAGCCAGAUUAUAAUCAAAUCAUCGCCAAUUCAAUUGACGUCGAAAAUAUUCGUCAAAGAGUUCUUCCAGCACUCCGCAUUAAAGAAGCAUGCAAAACAGUCCAAGAUAGAUUACAGUACUUUGCCCUUCGACUUCACACAUCCUUCGUCGUCUCAGUAUUAUGCCGGCCCGCUCUUCGUCGUGGGGAAAAUGGAAUGUCUUCUGACCAAAAGGCAAUUAUCGCUGAAAAAUGUAAACAAAAUCUUACCGAAACGGUUAGAAUGUACCUAAAGAUGCAUUCUCUAAGCGUCAUACCCACACGUUCAUGGGCAUUCACUUACCAUGGUCUUUCAUCUGCGGUUCUUCUUGGAAUAUUAGGUGAAACCAAAACAGAUCCAGAAGUUCGACAACUUCAAGGAGAUUUAAUAAGUGCUUUGUCUGUUACUGCAGCAAAAGAACAGCCGUCCACGAUUCCUAAGUCAGAUAAAGAUAUUGAACUCAGCGGACCCUUAUCGAGAGCUUUAGCUGCACUGAAAAAUAUCUAUGAUCAUGGAUGGGUGGUUGAACAACAACAAAUUCAACAACGAGCAGUUAUGGCUCCAGAGGCUCAUAUGAUGCAGGAACAAGAUUUCAAGUCCACAAGUGAAUAUGAUCAGCAAAAUGCUGCUCUUGCUAUGGCCUCUCUGCAAAAUGGAAUUGUACCACCUUUAGACUAUACGCAGCAGGUUCCUAUGAGUAACAUGGGCGGUGAUAUGCAGUCUGUGGAGCAGACACUGAAUAUGUCACCGAUGGAUUUAUUUGAUUCGAUUUUCUGGGAACCCUAUCCUCAAAAUGGCCUUGAAACAGGUUUCGAUUAUGCAGGAGCGUCAUUUUAUCCCCAAGCACCACCCUUUUGA